AUGGCAGCCAAAUUCCAGAAGAGAUCAGUGAGCUUGCCCGCCAGAUCUCACCCUGCAACGAUUAAAAUCCACGAGGAGCUCACCAAGCUGGGAGAACUCGAGCAAUCAUCGGCGGCCACUUCUUCUUCUAGUUCGGCCAUCUGCAGCAGCUUAUCAACUAUAAGAGACGUCUAUGAUACCCUGGACGAGCUUCUCGCCAUGGCAUCGACUCAAGAAGCUCUGUCUCGCCGCCGAUGCGUGGCAGAGGAGGAGAGGUUCUUAGAUGGAUCUGUGAAACUUAUGGACACUUGUGAGAUCGCCAAGGAUGUGAUCUCGAGGCUAAGAGAAAACGUGGCAGCCCUCCAGUCGGCAAUCCGCAGGAGAAGGAAAGGCGACUCUGUUUUGGAAUCCUCUGUUUCUGACUACAUACAAUUGAGGAGGAAGACGAGGAAAGACGCCAGGAAGUUGGUAGCGCAGUUGAAGCAGCAAAUGGGCAAUCAUAAUUACAAGCUUCCGGCGGCCGAUCAGGGUGAUGAUGAUGAGCAAUUCAGUGCUGUCAUUAGGGUGAUGCGAGAAGUUAAUGCGGCGAGCAGCUGCGUAUUGCAGGCGCUGUUGAGUUUCGUUGCGACGCCGGUUUUUCGCAGGGAGAAAAAACAGAGCAAGUGGGGGAUUGCGUCCAAGCUGGUGAUGACGCGCAAGGUGGCGGCGGUUGGGUGCGAGGUGAACGAGAUUCAGGCUGCGGAUGUUGCUUUGUUGGUUGGGGAAGGGGAGAAGAAGCAAUUUGGUACCAACGAAUUGGAAUCAGUGGAGAGGUGUUUUAAGGAGAUUGAGGAUGGUUUGGAGGGCGUUUUCAGGAGAUUGAUCAAAUCCAGAGCUUCUCUGCUCAACAUACUGUCUCAGUAG